GGAAAAAUCAAAGAAUAAUGGCAAUCGUCAUGUUGGGCAAGGAUCUAACGAUCAAGGCCCACAAGGAUGAUGAUGUUGCUUGGUGGGUGGACUCUGGAGCUAACAUACACGUAAGCAAGGAUCGCAAAUGGUUCAAAACUUACAAACCAGUGGAAGACGGUUGUGUUCUCCACAUGGGCAAUGAGUCAACUGCUCCAGUCGAAGGACGUGGCACCGUAGAGUUGGAAUUUACUUCCGGAAAGAUUCUUGUACUUAGGGAUGUGUUACAUGUACCUAAGAUUAGGAAAAAUUUGGUUUCUGGAAGUGUACUAAAUAAACUUGGAUAUCGUCAAGUUUAUGACUCUGAUAGAUAUGUAUUAUCUAAAUCCGGAGUGUUUGUCGGAUUUGGUUAUUAUAAUAAU